AUGCACACUCAGUCCAACAUCUAUCCUAAGAGAUCCCUCUCACAAACAUCAGCUACCUCAACCUCCUCUCAGACAAGCCAGUUCUCUCAAGAGAAGAAGCAUUCUAAAUUUUCGAACCCUCUCUCAAAGGUCUUCCGAUCCAAGACUCCCGCACCAAUCGAUAUCCUCAAGAGCCGCCAAGUCACGAUGUCACAGCCUCGAGAUAUCCCGCGGAGCAACCCCAAAACUUCGUACUUCCCGGAUCAGGGCUACAUCUCAAGCAGUCCCACCGAGAUGUCUGCCAACAUGGGUUCGCCCCAUUCAUUUAAGGCGGGCGUCCCUAAGCGCACAUCUACUCCCACUCGCAAGAACAGCGGUGACUACAAGCGCUACAGUGGAACUGUCAACCACUACGGCCGCCACUCGAACGACUGGCUAUUUGGUGGCUUCAGUGUUCGGGAGACUGUUCGUGAUAGCCUUGAUAAGCUCCGUAGCCACGACAAGGAGAGCUGA